AUGUCAUUUUUAUUCAGAAGAUCAUUUUCAAAAGAUGAAGAGAAACCUACUGAAGAAACGGAUUUAGACAACAAAAUAUCACCACCACCAACAUCUCAAGAACCCAAUCGGGAAGAAAAUAACAUACUGGAGAAACCAAUUGAUGAUCUAGACCAAAAAGAAGAAUUAUCAAAUGAAAAAUUACCAGACUCUCAAAAGAAACCACCAAAAUCAAGGACAUCAUUUUUGAAAAGUUUAGUUGGAAGUACAAGUCGAAAUAAUUCAUCUUCAUCAUUAGCAUCAUCAUCUAGUUCAUCGAGUCAAUUGAGUGCAUUACCACCCCUACCUCCAAUUAUGUUUUAUGGGUAUAAGCCAAAUUCAAAACAUAAGUUAUUAGAUCAAGAAUUAGCAAGUAAUAUACGGAAUUUGUUACCAGCGAGAUUACAACUAUUUGAUCGAUGGGAUUUAAUUUAUUCAUUGAAUCAACAUGGUAUAUCAUUAAACACAUUAUAUAGAAAUUCAAGACCAGAACAUCAAUUAGCUGAAUAUAAAAAGAGGAAGAAACAAGAAAAGGGGUUUGCUGAUUCAGUUGUUAAUAAAAUGAUGGUAACAAAUAGUAAUCCGCAUUAUUCAUCAAUAGAGCCCAAGAGACCACAAGGUUAUGUAUUGAUAAUUAAAGACGAAAAUAAUUCGAAAUUUGGAGCCUUUUUAAAUGAAAAUUUGAAACCAAUGGAUCAUAAGAGAUAUUACGGAAAUGGUGAAUGUUUUCUAUGGAAAUGUGAAAAAUAUGAUCCAUCAAAAUUAAAUCAUAGCAAUAACCAAAAGCAGAAUAAACAUGAAGUAAGAUUUAAAGCAUUUAUGUAUACUGGUAUAAAUGAUAAUAUGAUCUAUUCAAAUCAUGACUUUAUUGCAAUUGGUUCAUCUCAUGGACAAAAUGGAUUAUAUAUAGAUAAAUCCUUAUGUAAGGGUGUUAGUUAUGCGUGUGAAACUUUUGGUAAUGAAAUAUUAAAUACAAAUGGAGAGCAAAAUCUACAAUUUGGACUGUUUAAAAUAUUAGGUUUAGAGAUAUGGAGAAUUGGAAGUCUUGAAUAG